GUUCUGGCGAGUACUGUAGUGGGAAAAGAAGAUGAGAAGACUUUCUUCGUCAAUGGGAGUAUGUGAUUCUUUUUCAUUGGGUCUAAAAGGAACUCUGCUUUGUUCCCUUUUCUUAUGCUUUCUCACUUGUCAUUGGAUUUUUGUUAACUUUAUUUGUAUAUAUAGUAUACAGAUCAUCUUAUACAUACAGACAGAGAGAUUUUAGCAGACAAGUGCUUGCACUGAGAGAUUCCUAGGUUCUUUUCCUUUUCCUUUUCCUUUUCCUUUUCACUUCCUUCCUUCAUAAGUGCUUGUACUGAGAGAUUCCUAGGUUCUUUUCCUUUUCCUUUUUCACUUCCUUCCUUCAUAACUAACAAAACCCAUUUCUUUCUCAUGCUAUGUUAAUACCCUUUUUUUCUCAUUGACAUUGUUUUGAGGUUUUAUACAAGGGUCUAAAGUGAAAUGGGGGUUUGAUAAGCAAUACAUUACCAAGUGGAAGAAACGAGAUAGAAAAGAGUGAGAAAUUGAUGAUGAUAGGGGUUCCUUAUGAUUCAAGCUUCACUGAUUUGAUGUUUUCAUGGUCUCUUGAAGACAUCUACAAUGAGAAUCUUUACAAGAACCAGGUGGAGAAGAUUCCAGAAUCAUUUCAGUCAGUCAAGCAUUACUUUGAUUCAUUCGUUUUUCCUUUAUUGGAGGAAACACGGGCAGACUUGGCUUCAAGCAUGGAGAUCAUUCAUGAAGCACCUUUUGCUGAAGUGAUCUCACUCAAUGUGUGCGAGCCGUAUGAAACUUUGCAUUAUUAUAUUAAGGUUGAUUACUGGAGAAACAGAUUUAGUGACCGUGGCAAGGAUCCUUACAAAACCUUGCCCGGAGAUGUUUUUAUAGUUUCAGAUGCAAAACCCGAAACUGUAUCUGAUUUACAACAAGGUGGAAGGACGUGGACUUUUGCAACAGUCACUAAUAUCACAGAGGAUGAGAUUGAAGGAGGUAAUAAUUCAUCCACUUUUUUUAAAGUCAAAGCAUUGAGAGACAUUGAAGUCAAAGGUGGAAUGCGGCAAUCACUGUUUGUGGUUUUUUUGAGAAAUAUAACUACAAACAGAAGAAUAUGGAGUGCGCUACGCAAGUUUGGAAAUCUGAAGAUCAUCGAGGAAGUUCUUUGUGCUGAUUCCAAGGUUCAGGAGGAUUGCGAACUUUGUUGUGUCCAUAGUAGGUCCCAAUUGCCCGAAAGAUUUGGUACAAGUCUACUAGCUAUGUUGAAUGAAUCCCAAACAGAGGCAGUCUUGGCUGCUCUUCUUAGAAUGGAAUGUAUUCACAAGCCUACUGCAAAACUUAUAUGGGGCCCACCAGGGACGGGAAAAACUAAAACUGUCAGUGUUAUGCUCUUUGCUUUUUUGAGGAUGAAUUGCCGGACUCUUACUUGUUCUCCUAAAAAUGUAGCUAUAAAUGAAGUGGCUUCGAGGGUGUUACGGUUGGUGAGGGAAUCUGCAAAGGAUGCUUUAUUUUGUUCUUUGGGAGAUAUUCUUUUGUUUGGGAAUAAGGAUCGGCUGAAAAUGGAUUCUGACAUUGAAGAUAUCUAUCUGGAUUAUCGGGUUGAAAUGCUUGAGGAGGGUUUAGGACCAGUGUCUGGCUGGAGGCAUUGUUUUACUUCCAUGAUAGAUUUGCUUGAAGAUUGUGUUUCUCAAUACCAAGUUUUUGUGGAAAAUCAAAAGAUCAUAGAAAAAGAACACAGCGAUCAAGAGGAAGUCGAAAAGGAAGAAUUCAAAUCAUUUCUCGAGUUUGUGAGAGCCAGAUUUAAAUCUACUGAAUCAUUGCUGAGAAGAUGUAUGUUUAUAUUCGGUACUCAUUUACCAAGAAGUUACAUUUUGGAACAUAAUUUCCAGAAAAUGGUAACUCUCAUUGACUUGCUUGAUUAUUUGAAAAGUUUGUUGUUUCAAGAGAGUGUUGUUUCCGAUGAACUCAAGGAUAUUUUUUCACACCAAUAUCCAAUUGAAGAUUUUUCUGAAUCUUUUGUGAAUAAACAAUCUCUGAUAUACACAAGGAGCAAGUGUCUUUCUGUUCUAAAAUCUCUUGAACAUUCUUUUAAAGACCUUGACCUGCCAAGUGUUAUGAUCGAAGGUUCAAUUAAGGACUUCUGUUUUCGAGCGGCUUCCUUAAUUUUCUGCACUGCUUCUAGUUCAUAUAAGCUAUAUUCAGUGGAAAUGGAACCACUAAACUUGCUGGUUAUUGAUGAAGCUGCACAAUUGAAGGAGUCUGAAUCGACAAUACCCCUUCAACUUCCCGGUCUGAGACAUGCCAUUCUCGUUGGCGAUGAGUGCCAAUUACCAGCAACGGUUAUUAGUAAUGUUUCGAGUGAAGCUGGAUUUGGAAGAAGCUUGUUCAAAAGGUUGAGUUCGUUGGGUCAUUCGAAGCACCUUCUAAACAUGCAGUACAGGAUGCAUCCAUCGAUAAGUUUCUUCCCAAAUUCAAAUUUCUAUUUCAACCAAAUCAUGGAUGCACCAUAUGUUAUGAAGAAAAGUUACGAAAGACGCUAUCUUUCAGAGCCAAUGUUUGGUCCCUAUUCUUUCAUAAAUGUUGUUGGUGGUAAAGAGGAAUUUGAUGAUGUCGGGCGUAGCCGGAGAAAUUUGAUAGAGGUUGCUGUUGUUGUGAAGAUAGUGCAGAAAUUAUACAAAGCAUGGGAAGGCUACAAAAAGAAGCUUAGCGUUGGUGUGAUAUCUCCUUAUGCCGCUCAAGUUGUGGCUAUCAAAGACAAAAUUGAACAAAAAUAUGACAACCUCGAGGGAUUCACAGUGAAGGUGAAGUCAGUUGAUGGGUUUCAAGGUGGAGAGGCAGAUGUCAUAAUAAUUUCUACUGUAAGAUCAAAUAAAGGUAGAUUUGUUGGCUUCAUGUCCAGUUCCCAGAGAACUAAUGUUGCAUUGACAAGAGCUCGGCACUGUCUUUGGAUUUUGGGAAAUGAAAAGACACUAGCUAGUAGUGAAUCAGUUUGGGAAGCGAUAGUCCAUGAUGCUAGGGAUCGCCAAUGUUUCUUUGAUGCAGAUUUAUAUAAAGAUUUGGCCAAAGCAAUAAUAGAUGUCAAGAAAGAGCUUGAUCAAAUGGAUGAUUUGUUCAAUAAGGAUAGUAUACUUUUCAAAAGUGCAAGAUGGAAGGUUUUUUUCAGCGACAACUUCAGAAAAUCAUUUGGGAAACUUACUUCAAUCCGUCUUAAAAAGUCAGUUAUGAACCUAUUACUGAAGCUUUCAAGUGGUUGGCGACCUAAAAAGAAGAAUGUGGACUCAGUUUGUGAGAGCUCUGCACAGAUCUUGAAACAAUUCAUGGUUGAAGGGCUCUAUGUUGUUUGCACCAUUGACAUUGUAAAGGAUUCGAUUUACAAACAAGUUUUGAAGGUUUGGGAUAUAUUGCCUUUGGAAGAGAUCCCAAAAUUGGUUAAACGCCUUGAUGGCAUGUUUGCUAGGUACACCGAUGAUUAUAUCGAUCACUGUAAGCAGAAAUGCUUCCAAGGGUAUUUGGAAGUUCCAAAGAGUUGGGUGAAAUCUGUUGACAUUGUCCAGUUCAAGAAUCUUGACAACCAUGCACAUGGGAAUGAGUCAAGUGGCAGUACUAUUGAUGGUAGGGGUUAUGUUGAGAAUUCAAAGGUUAGUGAGAGCCUGUUGUUGAUGAAAUUCUACUCCUUGUCGUCCGGUGUGGUGAGCCACUUACUUUCUGACCGCGAUGGUAAAGAAAUGGACUUACCUUUUGAAGUAACAGACCAGGAAUUAGAGAUUAUCUUGUUCCCUAGAAGCACAUUUAUACUUGGACGGUCAGGAACCGGUAAAACCACAGUUUUGACAAUGAAAUUGUUUCAGAAGGAGCAACACCACCAUAUUGCUUCAAAAGGAAUUUAUGCAGAUGAGGUCAGUACCAGUACAGAUGUGAGCCAGAGGAACGAUGUUAGUGACUGCGUUGUAGAGAUUAAGGAUAGUGUCUUGCGCCAACUUUUCGUAACAGUCAGUCCGAAACUGUGUUAUGCUAUCAAACAACAUGUUUCUGGGCUGAAAAGGUUUGCUGAUGGCGGGAAUUUUUCUGGAAAAAACAGUACAACUGAUAUGGAUGAUACAGCACAAUUUAUGGAUAUCCCAGAUUCUUUUCUUGACAUUGCUCCUAACAAAUACCCUCUUGUCAUCACAUUUCAUAAGUUCUUAAUGAUGCUCGAUGGAACAUUGGGCAAAUCAUACUUUGAAAGGUUCCUUGGUGUAAGCGGACUUUCUCAUUGUAGAACUAGUGGUUCAAGAUCAGUUGCUUUGGAAACUUUCUUAAGAACAAAGGAGGUUAACUAUGAGAGGUUCUGUUCAUUGUACUGGCCCCAUUUCAAUUCUAUGCUAACAAAGAAGCUUGAUCCUUCCAAAGUGUUUACUGAGAUAAUUUCUCAUAUAAAAGGUGGAUUGGGAGUGGGUGAGGCUCGUGACGGUAGACUUAGUCAAGAGGAUUAUAUCCACCUGUCUGAGGGUCGGGCAUCUACUUUGAGUGAGCAGAAGAGAGAGAAAAUUUAUGAUAUCUUUCUGGAUUAUGAGAAAACAAAGAUGGAAAAGGGUGAAUAUGAUUUAGCUGAUUUAGUGAAUGAUCUUCAUUAUCGACUAAGAAAUGUAAUACUUGAGGGUGACAAAAUGGAUUUUGUGUAUAUUGAUGAAGUGCAAGAUCUUACAAUGAGACAAAUUUCUCUUUUCAAAUAUAUUUGCCGAAAUGUGGACGAGGGCUUUGUUUUUGCAGGUGACACAGCACAGACUAUUGCAAGGGGAAUUGAUUUUAGGUUCGAAGAUAUACGAUCUUUAUUCUACAAUGAGUUUGUAAUGGAAUCAAGAGCCGAUGCAUUUGUUGGAACAAAGGAGAAAGGAUAUAUAUCAAAGAUUUUUGGCCUUCGCCAGAACUUUCGUACCCAUGAUGGUGUGCUUAGAUUAGCACAAAGUGUCAUUAACCUUCUUUACCGUUACUUUUGUCAUUCUGUUGAUGUUUUGGAACCUGAGACAAGUCUUAUAUACGGUGAAGCUCCAGUUCUUCUUGAGUCUGGAAAUGAUGAAAAUGCAAUUGUAACUAUUUUUGGAAAGAGUGGAAAUGUCAGUGGGGACAUAGUUGGCUUUGGCGCCGAGCAGGUCAUAUUAGUACGAGAUGAUUGUGCCAGGAAGGAAAUAUCUGACUAUGUUGGAAAGCAGGCACUUGUUUUGACUAUUGUGGAAUGUAAGGGCCUAGAGUUUCAGGAUGUGUUAUUGUACAACUUUUUUGGCUCAUCACCUCUGAAAAAUCAAUGGAGAGUAAUAUAUGAAUUUAUGGAAGAACAAGAGAUGCUUGAUGGUACUUGCAGGUCCUUUCCGAAAUUCGAUCAGGCAAGACAUAAUGUCUUGUGUUCUGAACUGAAGCAACUCUAUGUGGCAAUUACUCGUACGAGGCAAAGGUUGUGGAUUUGUGAGAAUACUGAGGAGCUCUCGAAGCCUAUGUUUGACUAUUGGAAGAAGUUGUGCCUUGUCCAAGUAAGGAAAUUGGACGAUUCACUUGCACAGGCAAUGCAAGUUGCAAGUAGCCCAGAAGAGUGGCAGAAAAGGGGUAUCAAGCUCUAUCAUGAGAAUAACUAUGAGAUGGCAACAAUGUGCUUUGAAAGGGCUGGAGACACAAUGUGGGGAAAAAGGGCCAAGGCUUCAGGCCUUAAAGCAAAUGCAGAUCGUAUGCGUGGUUCGAAUCCUGAAGGGGCUUGCACGGCUCUUAGGGAAGCUGCUGAGUUAUUUGAUUCUAUUGGUAUGGCUAAGUCAGCUGCCGAAUGUUUUUGUGACUUGGGGGAGUAUGAAAGAGCAGGAAGAAUUUAUUUGGAUAAGUGUGGGGAAACUGAGCUGAACAAAGCUGGGGAAUGUUUCUCUCUGGCAGGUAGUUAUAAACUUGCAGCUGAAGUGUACGCCCGUGGAAAAUAUUUUUCAGAGUGCUUGUCUGUUUGCACCAAAGGAAAUUUUUUUGACAUGGGUUUACAAUACAUUCAAUGCUGGAAACAAGAUGCCCGUAGAGACAAUGGUAUGAUGGUCAAAAGAAGUGAAGAAAUCAACAAAAUUGAACAACAGUUCCUUGAGAGUUGUGCACUUAAUUACUAUGAACUGAAAGAUAAUAGAUCCAUGAUGAAAUUUGUGAGAGCUUUUCACUCGAUGGAUUCAGUUCGCAACUUCUUGAAGUCUUUGGAUUGCCUUGAUGAGCUUUUAGUGAUGGAAGAAGAAUCGGGAAAUUUUUUGGAGGCUGCGGAGGUUGCAGAGCUAAAAGGAGAUGUUCUAUGCGAGGCUGAUCUGAUUGGGAAGGCUGGACAUUUUAAAGAGGCGUCGAAGCUUAUUUUAAGGUAUGUUUUCUCCAAUUCUCUGUGGGCAUCUGGAAGCAGAGGUUGGCCACUAAAGUGCUUUUUGCAAAAGGAGGAGAUUUUAGCUAAAGCCAAGUCGUUUGCAAAGAAAGAUUCAGACAUCUUCUAUGAGUUUGUUUGCACUGAGGCUAACAUUUUAUCAACUGAACAAUCUAACUUGUUCCAGUUGAGUCAGUGUUUGAACGCUUCCCGUGGUAAUAAAAGCCUCAGAGGUGAAAUCUUAUCCGUAAGAAAAAUUCUGGAUAUUCAUCUGCAGCCAAGUACCUCGAUGUAUGAUUGGGAACAUGAAUUAGUAGUGGAUUUGAUGAAGCAUUCACAAGAAAGCAUUUCACAUAACCGUGUGUCUGUUGUAACGCUGAUUUGCUUUUGGAAUCUUUGGAAAGAGAAGGUUGAGUAUAUCUUCAAGUACCUGGCUUGUCUUGAAACUCAUGAUGCUGAUGAAUAUUAUAGCUAUGGCGACUUCUGUUUGAAUUACUUUGGUGUGCGGAAGAGACAGUUGAAUAAUGUUAAUACCAGUUUCCUUUUUCUGAAUGCUGAUGCUGAUUGGGUGAGAGAAAUUGAUGACAGAUUUCUUCGGAGAAAUGGAAAGUUGGUUUCUGCUGAUGUACGCCAUUUUUGUUUCAGCCGCUCAGACUCAUUGGCACUCAGAAUUGCUUUCUGUUGGUAUUAAGGUGUUGGAAACUCUGAAGGCACUUCAUAA